CGUUGUCAGGUGGCGCUGCUAUGGAAAGAUGCGAUCAGAAAGCUGACGAAUGGAAGCUGUUCCCGAGUGGUCAUUUCGGUAAUAGUGGCUAAAACAAACAUUGCGCGAUAUCAACCCUCCAUAUACGGUCUCCUUUGGUUGGGGGCAACAAACUGCGUAUGCACCGAACAAAUACUUUUAAAGAAAUGUCCAUGCUGUAGCAUUACAACGCAGACUUUCCUCGGCGUUUUCAGCUCGAGAGCUCCAGCAUGUCUAAGCGGCGCUCAUUGGAGAGGGGGGCCGGAGAGACCUCAAGCAGGGCCAGCAAGCUCCUCUGUCCUGGAAUAGCUGGAAGCAACGCCAAGAGGGCAGGUCCCUUUGUCCUUGGGCCUCGUUUGGGGAACUCGCCCGUGCCAAGCAUAGUGCAGUGUCUGGCCAGGAAGGAUGGGACGGAUGACUUCUACCAGCUAAAGAUCCUGACGCUGGAGGAGCGGGGAGACGCGACCGGGGAGACCCAGGAGGAGAGGCAGGGGAAGAUGCUGCUGCACACCGAGUACUCCCUCCUCUCGCUGCUCCAUAACCAGGAUGGAGUGGUGCACCACCAUGGCCUGUUCCAGGACCGGGCGUACGAGAUUGUGGAGGACCCGGAGGCCAACAAUGGCAAGGUGCGCCGACUGAAGAAGCGGAUCUGCCUGGUGCUGGACUGCCUCUGUGCGCACGACUUCAGCGACAAGACUGCGGACCUCAUCAACCUGCAGCACUACGUCAUCAAGGAGAAGCGGCUGAGCGAGCGCGAGGCCAUCGUCAUCUUCUACGACGUGGUGCGCGUGGUGGAGGCCCUGCACAAGAAAAACAUUGUGCACCGAGACCUGAAGCUUGGAAACAUGGUGCUGAACAAACGAACUCAUCGGAUUACCAUCACCAACUUCUGCCUGGGCAAGCACCUGGUGAGUGAGGACGACCUGCUGAAGGACCAGCGAGGAAGUCCAGCCUACAUCAGUCCUGACGUACUGAGUGGCCGGCCAUACCACGGAAAGCCCAGUGACAUGUGGGCCCUUGGCGUGGUGCUGUUCACCAUGCUCUACGGCCAGUUCCCCUUCUACGACAGCAUACCUCAGGAGCUAUUCCGCAAGAUCAAGGCUGCAGAGUACUCCAUCCCAGAGGACGGGCGUGUGUCGGAGAACACUGUGGGUCUUAUACGGAAGCUGCUGGUGCUAGACCCCCAGCAGAGGCUGACUGCUGCCGAGGUCCUGGAGUCUCUCAGCGGCAUUAUUGCCUCAUGGCAGUCGGUAUCCUCUUUGACCGGUCCUCUUCAGGUUGUACCGGACAUCGAUGACCAGGUCAGCCACCCAGAGCAUCUCCAGGAGGUGAAAAUGACGGAGGAGUCGUCACAGUACGAGUUUGAGAACUACAUGCGCCAGCAGCUGCUGCUGGCCGAGGAGAAGAACACUAUUCAUGAGGCCAAGGCCAGUUUCCUUGCCAAGCGCCAGUUCAGCGCCAUCCCGCCCGUGCGGCGCCUGGGCCACGAUGCCACACCCGUCAGCCCUCUGGACGCAGCCAUCCUGGCCCAGCGCUUCCUCCGGAAGUAGCCCCUUCACCCAUCACCUUGCCCUCUGGGGGACAAGUGGGGUGGGGGACAAGGGUUGGGUCGGGAAGGUACCCUGAAACUAGUAUCUAUGGGAGCUUAGCCCGACCCUCCCUUGGGUAGAGGGAUCCCUAGCUGUGGAGAGUUGGGUAGGUGGAGUGGGAACAGGGGGGGGGGGGACUGAUCACUCACCUGACAACCUCUCAUAGUUUUCACACUUCAAGUCUGGGUGUCGAUGGUGUGCACAGGAAUGACAUGGCUGGAGAAUCUGAAGAUCUCAACCAAAGGCUCCCACUGAACCAACCCCUCAGCCAGCCAGCCAGCUAUGGGCACAUAUGGACUCAGCCAGCCAGCUAUGGGCACAUGUGGACUCAGCCAGCCAGCUAUGGGCACAUGUGGACUCAGCCAGCCAGCUAUGGGCACAUGUGGACUCAGCCAGCCAGCUAUGGGCACAUGUGGACUCAGCCAGCCAGCUAUGGGCACAUGUGGACUCAGCCAGCCAGCUAUGGGCACAUGUGGACUCAGCCAGCCAGCUAUGGGCACAUGUGGACUCAGCCAGCCAGCUAUGGGCACAUGUGGACUCAGCCAGCCAGCUAUGGGCACAUGUGGACUCAGCCAGCCAGCUAUGGGCACAUGUGGACUCAGCCAGCCAGCUAUGGGCACAUGUGGACUCAGCCAGCCAGCUAUGGGCACAUGUGGACUCGUACAGGCCAGGGGGAUACCAGACACGCGUGUGUGUUUGGACAUGGAAAAUCCCCCCCCCAUACGUUUCUCUCUGCUGAGACCUGGCCAUCGCCCUCCUACCUACCCCCAUUUAUUCUUGAAAACCCUGAGCAAUACAGGGCCAGAAGAACCAUGUAGCAACCUUCCUCUAAUCUCCCUCUCCUCAACUCUCCAAACUAAGAUCACUUGAUCAUGGAUGUAAUUCACUCUCUUUAGUUUCCUCAUAACCAAAAUGAUCUGGACUAGUCCCGUCUCUAAGCUGAAGACUUCAAAUCUACCUCUCUCAAUCUUUACUUUGAUUUUUUUUGUGCAUUUUAAACCAUGUCCACCAUUCUCAGAAAACAAGGAAUUGUCGGGGUAGUGUUGUCACCGUAGACAGAAAGCAUUACUAUGUUUUGGUGCAUAAUGGUUUGGAAUGUGGAAUAUGAAUAAGCUUUUCCCUUAUGACUAAUAAGUAGCAUUUUAUCCUUCUAUCUAUUCUACAUUGAAAAUGCUAACUAUCAAAGGGUGGCCAAAUCGACUACUUCUGUCUUUAAGUCUAGCAGAUUAUAUUGUUUUCUUGCUUUCGCUCUCAUCCCCAUUUUUUUGCAUUUAGGUGUCAAGUACCUGGAAGAGCUGGAUGGGGCGACGUUUAUUAGAUGUUUUAAUGUUGAUCCUCUCCUGUUAUUGCUCUUCUAAUUGGCAUCUUUGGUUAAUAAUCACGACGUGGACACUAUAAUUUUUGGGGGGUGGUGAAAUCAUGGCGCGUCUUAACUGAUUGUUAGCCAAGGAAAUGAUACCUCCCCCUCGUUCACCACUGAACAACUUCCAGGUAUUCAACUUCCCGUUUUAUCCUGUGACAUCAUCAUUGUGAGACAGGUAUUGGGCAUGAACUUGAGUGAAUGGUAAUGCCAGUGAUUGUCAUUGUGUACAUAAGUGUGAUUUGGGCCAGGGGUGUAUUAGACUAAGCCAGAGCCUUUUCAGUGGUAGGUGCCGACUAGAGCCACGUUAUUGAAGCCCAGUGAGUCAGUGCAGAUCCUUAAACUAACCAUCCUUCCCAAUCUGUUUAUCUUGCCUGCCUCAGUUGCUCGCACACACUGAGAACAUACAGGUUUUUCUAAGACUGGCUGGACUGCAUGUGUCCGCUAUGAAAGAUGGGCAUCCCUCAUUUUGCCCCGGUCUUAGUCGUGAAUGCUCUAGUGCGUAGCCAAGUUUAAAAUCAAACAAAACCGUGAUGAUCAUAGUAGCUCUCCCUUUUAGCUGUUGUAAGUUAUAUUGUAGUAGCUGAGCAUGAAAGACUUACUAUGGUGUUGAUCUUGGUAAUUGAAUAGUGUAAUAUUUCAUAGAGAAACUCAACAGUGAGGUUGUCUGUCGCGUUAUGCACGUUCUCAAGCCUCCCUCUGCUGGCGGUGCAGUAGUGGUGCCAAACGUCGUGAUCAAUCCAAUCAUUCUGCACAGACGCUAACGGCUGUUUCGUCUAAAGUACACUAGUGUCCUUGAAAUACGAUGACAUCGCUAAAGUAGGAAGAUAUUUAGUAUGAAAAAUGUUUGCCAUUAUGUCGGCAAAUUUACUUUAGACAGAUGGCAAUGUUGUCAUUUGUUAGCAAAGUUUGUCAAAAAUAGCUGCCAAUGUUGCUAAGCUACUAACUCGUGAACAAUAUUAGUCAUCUGUUCACAUAAGCUUGCCCAUCUUUAUGGGAAUUCGCAUUGCUUAGACCUUCACCCUAUUUGUAUCCAAAUUGAUCAGGAGUAGAAACUCGAGAGUCAGUUUUGUCCUAUUUCAUUGUAUAUUGUCUUUUUCCUUUAUUUCAUGUAUGUUAAUUUUGUUAUUUAUUCACUGUCCAUUUUCAGGCAUCAAAUCUAUUUUCCAUUUUUAUCUUUAAGCAAGAAGUGUUCUGGUUUCAUUUGUUUCUCCAAACAUUCAAACUUGAGCCGACAUUGCAGUUUUUUCUCUAUCAGCCAUGUUCAUUAAAGAUCUCUUUUUAUAUUUUCUUUUACCAUUGCCACACACUCGUGGUCGAUUUAAGCUACACUAAUAAUGAGACUGACUCUGCAUAGUUCUAUUUUUUACACAAAUAAUCGUGCAUUAUGAUGAUUUAUGGUAGUGAUCUGGUUAUUACCCAGAUCCCAGUUCUGUUUGUGCAGACUUGCCAACUCCUGUUUCCUUGACAAUGACCAGCACAAACCGAUCUGGGACCAGGCCAACUGUUUAUCGCCCCAUACCAGACUUUUGGUCAGUAUGUAAGUAUAAUACCAUCAUUACAGCGACAUCACCAGUAGAGCUUCCAUCUAGUGGAACGAUGCCAGCUCUGAUCAGGGGUACAUUCAGUAAGGUGAUAUGUUGCAGAUAGGAAUGUGUUGAAUAGAACUGACAUGAUUCCAAAUUCAACAUGACAGGAAAUCAUAUCUUCAUCUGAACGUUUUGUAACAUUGCACACUCUUGAACAGCCCCGCUUUAACACAAAUUCUAUAUAGACAUGCAUUAGAGGCAAUGCUAGCCACCACCUUUUGAGAAAAAUAAAUAAAUACAUGUAAAUUAGAUUUUGAGAUGUUAGCUUUUUUCCCACCUCAAUGUGAAUUUCUGGGUAUAAAAGCAGUAUUGUAGUUGAUAGUGUGUCAGUAGUUCAUGAGAAAAUAGUAUUUUGUGAACUCCACGGCCCUUGCUGAAGUUGAAGGCAAAUUUGUGAUCCAGUCUUACUUGAGGGUGACCAUAACCCACUAUUGGAUAUAAAUAUGCAGGUUUAUUAGGUAAGACCCUUGAUAGUAAUGUAUUAUCUGAAGCAUUAUCAAGAUAGUGUUCACAUUUGGCUGUUGGGCUUGUCCCAUUUGUCUAUGAAAGUUGUCCCCUUCAUAGAUGUUCUGUGGACUGAAAGCACCAUACGAAGCAUGAUCUUGAGCUCUUUGUAAAAAUGUGAUUUUGCAUGAUUUUUAUUUUUUACUUGCAAGGUGGUCCCACAAUUAUUAUUGCCUGAAAUCAACCAACCAGGAAGAUUUGGGAAUUUGAGUCUUAUAGAAAAACCUAAUGUUUUUCAUAAUGCAUCCGAUUUUUCAGUUAAUGAACAUUCAACUUAAGUUUUCAUUUUUACUAUAAUUCAAAAAUAUGGAAAAUAUCUGUCAGUUUAACGAUUUAUUUGAUUUGCUGAAUAUUACAACUGGAAAAUAGAUGGUGUAUGAUGUGGUGGUAAAAAAUGGUUGGAAACCAGCAGGAUUUGUUGUAAGCUGCUUUGUUGGAUAUAUGAGCAUCUAAUACAAAAACCUGGCUAAUUGUACAGAGAUGGGGGAAAAAAAGUUUGUAUAAAAGACAUAUUUUUGUACUUCAUCAAAUCUCUACAUGCAUGUUGGCAAUAAACUUUGAUAUGGAAAAGUAA